ACUAACACUGGCGCCUGGCGCCAAUUAUCUGUUUAUUGCAUUUUCGCGGGUAUUGCAUCACCCUUUCGUUUCCUUUGUAUGUACGAUUUACUUUUGAGACGUGAUCUGGCCGUAUCGACCUCCUAUUACAUAUUUUGAAGGCGGGAGCCAUUAAUAGAAGAAGAUUUAUAAUAAUAUAUAGUAGAAGAAGAAGAAGAAGAAGAAGACUGUGCGUACUGCCUAAUACGACUGGCCAAGCUUAUAAUACAGGAUUGCAGAAGAACAAAUGGAAGAGGAAACGGAAAUUAAUACUGACACCUCAAACAAAGUAGCAGCUCUCCAAGCUGAAAUAAAGAAUUUGCAGCGGCAACUCGCUGCUACAAAUCCACCAUCGCGGCCACAGUUGUCCGGCUCGUCAAAGCCGGCUGAACCCAUACCGACGACCGACCAGUCCCAACGUCAGCCUCAGGGAGCCGUCCCAUGGAGCGUUUCUCAAUACAAAAACAUGGAUAAUACAGAAAACAUAUUACUUGCCAUGGGAACGAUAGCGCAUCGCUUCAAGCGAUGUAAUCAACCAUCUGUAAAAAGAAGAUUACGUCGAAAGCUUCUGCAAUUAUAUGCUUUGUACAAUGUUUUAACUAAAAAUGGCUGUCAAAAAAAACGACAGUUUUGGGUAAGGAUGAUAUUUAGUGAGCAACGACGUCUACUGCAAGGAGCAAGCAAUAACUUAGUAAAAGAGAUGCAGCAAAAUGAUGAAGAAAAAUUUAGGAACUAUUUUCGGAUGGAUUCUGUUGUUUUGAAGAAACUGUUUGAUCUUGUAGGGCCAUUGAUAACAAAGAACAGUAAUGUCAGAAAGGCGAUCUCAGCUGAAACACGUUUAUACAUAACUGUGCGGUACCUUGCGGAGAUAGCAUGGUAUCCAUCUCGUAUGCUUUUCGCGUUGCUCACAAUACUGUGUCAAAAAUAAUUCAAGAACGUGUGAUGCAAUUUGGUCAGUUUUAAAGGAAAAAGUAUUUAUGAAGGAUAUUCUGAAGAGUUGGCAAAAUGUUGCCCAAGAUUUUGAUGAUAUGUGGAAUUUCCCAAACUGCAUUGGCUGUAUCGACGGCAAGCAUGUAGAAAUACAGGCUCCACCAAACAGUGGAUCACUUUAUUAUAAUUAUAAAGGGCGUCAUAGUAUUAACCUUAUGGCUAUCAAUGAUGCGAAGUAUAGGUUUACUAUGGUCGAUAUCGGAGCACAAGGCAGAAACAGUGACGGAGGAGUUUUCCGAAAUAGUAUAAUGGGCAAAUAUUUUGACGAACAACAAUUCCAGAUCCCAAAUGGUGAACGAUUGGAAAGCAAUGGGCCUGUACUGCCAUACGUGCUUUUAGGUGACGAAGCAUUUCCUCUAUCACGAUACAUGAUGCGACCGUUUCCCCGGAGUAGCAAUUUAGAUUUAAGAAAAAAAGUAUUCAAUUAUAGACUAAGUCGAGCACGACGCGUAGUAGAGAGUGCAUUUGGAAUUCUUGUUACAAGAUGGAGAAUAUACAGAAAAUCGAUUAUUGCAAGUGUAAAAAACGCACGAAGAAUGAUCAAGGCUACAAUAGUUUUACAUAAUUUUAUAAUAGAUUCAGAGGAAGAAUUGUAUUCGAAGAUUUAUUAUACACGCGUCAGUGCUGAAACUUGAAAUAUGAAUUAUGAACUGUCCUCACUAGAAGAAGAAGAGGCUGAAGAAGAAAAUAACAGUGGUAUAGAAGUUCGCAAUGCAUUCGCAGACUUUUUUAUAGGUAUUGGUCAAAUAGAAUUUCAGUGGAGAAAGGCUACGAAUAACGAUUUUUAGCAUACACUAUCGAUUUUUGUGAUAUUUACAGUUUUAUGUGACUUUUUGUGUACACAGUG